CAUCAGUCGCAGUCUAUCCCCUUUUCUGAAUGGCUAUCCUUGUUAACGCUAUGCUUCGCUCCACUCGUUGCACAUGUCCUCGUCGGAGUUCCUGAACCGACUGUUUGCGGUAAACUCCCACUCCCUUGGCAUGAAAGGAUCUGCCAUUUCAACCCUACGUCUAUAUUCUGGAGAUACUUCGCAAUUGUAGAUCGACGUGCUCAUGCUAGGAAAUGGGAUCGUCCUGAUGAUCUGGGUGCGGUUAAUGCGACCUUCUGGGACGGAAACCGUUGGGAUGGGUCCGUGGAGAAAAUGGUCAGGAUGAGAGGCAAGGCUACAAAGGAACCAUCCUAUCAUCACAUCUAUGUAUUCUCUGCAUCUGCGGUUGGGACUCUCAUUAUCACUUUGCAAGGGAUCCAAGCCAUUUACGAGCUGAUUGCCAACGCGACAGGCAGCGUAUAUGCCAGUGGACACCCUAUCUCUAAGGUGUUCUUUCCGUUGGCUAUUUUGGGUUUAGCCAGACUCCCUGCGGCUCCCUGGCUUACUGCAGAGUAUAGAUAUCGCCAACACAAAGAGUCAGAACCUCUAGGCGAAGGGUAUUCGGAGCCCCUACUUCCCCUGACCCCCCAUAUAGAUACCAACCCCAUCGCUGCUGGGUCCAACGUCCCAUCUAAUCAGUAUUAUCCUCAGAACUCAUGGCGGGUGCUGGCCCUUUGCUUUUUCGCACUUGACUUCAAGUCAGACACCAGGAUCAGUCUGACCAGCUUCGUCUCGCUGCUGUUUCAUCUGUUUUUCCUCUUAUGUACCUUGGCAAUUGUUGCACCCUUUACUUGGCGGAAGGAAAGGGAGGAAGGCAAUACAGCUACAAUUCCUUGUAUUUCAUCGGCUUGGUACCAAGUCUACACAUACAUGCUUUUUUCGCCAGCGCUUGUCUUCAUAUUAAUAAGCGCCUUAGAGACACGGAGAACCAAAUGUGGCUUGUACACCACA